ACAAAGAACACACGAACGUACCCUCGUACCCACAUCACAUCAAAAACAACAAGGGCAAGAAAAAAAUCCUAGCAAAUGGCUGUAAAUAAUUUGGUACUUAAAUUUCGGAACUCUAUUUUGAAAAAUCGCCGCGUGUCAUAGCCUCGAUACUUGUUUAGUUUCUAAUUUGCACGUUUCACCAAUGGACCAAGAACGCACUUUACUAAUAGUUGCGGUUGGAGUCGCUGUCGCUGUUGGAUGUUUCGUUUUAUGGGGUCCUGGAACUUUUCGAACAAAGAAGAAAAAAGGACAUAUUGUUGGCUUGUUAAAUCUAGGCCACACAUGUUUUUUGAAUACCCUUCUACAAGGGCUUGCCUCCUGUCCAACUGUAUUAGACUGGCUCUUGCAGCACAAAGAUAUCAAUGAAGAUAGCCUUGUAUCUGCUCUUCGCACCGUCCUACUUGUUUUGAAUGGAGAGCACGACUCUACGGUCAGUGAUCCUUAUGCUCCGACUGCAGUUAUAUCUGCCCUGAUAAGACACAGUUGGGUUAUUUCGCCUGGAGAGCAGGACGCUCACGAGUUGUUUCAUGUCUUAUUGGAGACUUUGGAAGAAGAAAUGACAGCGUCUUCGGGGAAGAAUGGCAGUUUAUCUGAUGUGCUGCUUCUUCCUGAUAGAUGUGGGCAAGGGGAUGACUCAGGUGUUUCUAUCUCAUCCAAAAAAAGUGUUCCUAAUGGUGAAAUUAAUUGUGAUGGAGACCAGCACUCAUUAUUAUCUCCAGUGUCUCGGUUUCGACCAAUCAGGCGCAUUCGUGCCGGAGGAAGUGAUCCAACAGCACCAUCUGUUGAAACGCUGCCGCUUCAUUCUCAACCCAAUCCUCCCCCUUUUCGAGGGACUCUUACUAGUCAGCUCAAGUGCACCGAGUGUGGAUUUAAGUCUGCCCUUAGGUUUGAUAAAUUUGAUACUCUUUCUCUUCACCUUCCAUCUGUCAGAGGGCUCCGCCUUACCUUACAGAUGCUGUUGGACAAUUUUGUGAGAACAGAAACUGUAAAAGAUGUUACAUGCACCAACUGCAGUAAAGGUCAAGAGAAGCCAGUUCAAACCACAGCCAUGAAGACUUUGAAUUUUGGGAAGCUGCCAAAAUGCCUAUGUCUACAUAUUGUGCGAACCACGUGGAAUAAAGAUGGCUCAGCUUGGAAAAGGGAUGAUUUUGUAGAUUUCCCAGAGUUUCUUAUUAUGGACAACUAUACACAUUCACAAGUUCAAAGGAAUGCCAGAAAAAUGGUCAACACUUUAGACAGUGAUAAAACCAAAGAUGUACCUUUAAAAUUUCCAUCUAAUGGUAGUUCUCAUGUGCCCCCACAACAGACUGAAUCUGCAGCUCCCAGGGCAAGACACAUGUAUCGACUCAAAGCUGUAGUUGUGCAUACAGGAGAUGUUAAUUCUGGACAUUUUGUCACUUAUCGUAAAGGUCCUAUCAACUCGCUCAUUAGGCAUAGGCUGUUGAAUGUGGAGUCGAAAAUGGAACAUCCUGAAAGCAGAGAGAGUACAAGGUGGUUCUUCACAUCUGAUAUGGUGGUGAGAAGAGCAACAAUGUGUGACGCUUUGCUUUCAAAUGCCUAUAUGUUAUUUUAUGAAAGAUGUGUUCUGCCGGAAACCAGAUUUGUGUAAUGUUAAGUUUGUCCUUAGGUUGUAGCCAAUUAUUUCUGGAAAAGAGACAGGGCUUCCAUUUCAAAUAAAUUUAUAGUUUUCUGAA